AUGGAGCUGCUUCUGUGGUUACCAUGGAUUCUCGUGUUUUCCCUGACCUGCCUUCUUCUGGUCCUUCGACGAAGUCUUUUGGUCACCUGCUGGGAGUUGCUGAACAGUAUCCCACCUAAGUAUAUUGAAGGGUCAGCCGAUUCAGGCUCAAGCAGUUGGCCUGGGGCAGACCGGCCUCAGGUUCGAUCAGGAUUUGAUCCAUGCCCCGAAGUAAGGACAUACAUGAAGCAGUUUCGGCGCUGGGAAUGGUGCCGCUAUCGCCCAAUGGCGUUCCGUUCGGCGAACCCAUGUGGAUCUGAGGAGAGCACAAACGCCGAGAUAAAUAGGACCGUCAUCGACUGUGUGAAUCAGCUUCUGGAACAUGAUGACAUACUGGACCUUCGGAAUUGCCGAAUUUACAGCCUUCCGGUCCACUUGCAAAGGCAGCUGAGACUAGACGAAUCCAAGCGAUUACCAGCUUUUACGGUUGUACGUCUUGCAAGUAACUCUAGGAGUGAUGGUCUUAAGGAUGUUAUCUCAGCAUUUGAAGGCAAGAGGCCUGAAGUCGCAGGCUUCUGGAGGCGGGGGACUCUUCCAGACACUUUGGAGCAGUACGAUGCUGACUUGGACUUCUGUAGCGCGCUUCUGCAAGAAUUGGACUACAUGCAUAUGUACCACGUUCCUUGGGGCUUAGUCGCCUGCCUCGCAUACUACGUCGUCUUAUAUGAAGACCCCCGAAGUGGCGAACUCAAGAUUUCGCAGGCGUUGCCCUAUGACCAGCCGUCACCGACAAUUGUCAUGGUCAUGUACUACAUCAUCCGUCAGAGCUUUCUCGCGCUCCACUCCCGUCCCUCGGUCGACUCCCCAGCACUAAGCACGGACCCCUCCAACGCCCCAAUAGACGUCUCAACCCCACUGCUCGGCAGAAGGUCUCCGCCAAAUCCUACCGAAUUGCUAACCAAGCGGCGCACCUCCCUUCGCAUAAAAGAACAGAUUGCACAGUCCACGAAAGGCGGUUCGCAAGCUACCGGGCACUUAGGCACGUCCCCAACGAGGACGUUAGAAACGGUUUCGUGGGAGUCACUCCGAUUGCAGGGAGCGGAUAUCGGCUGGGGCCGCUCGGGAACCGUCUACAAGGCCAGCUUUCAGGGUCGGUUGGCAGCAGUAAAGACGGUCGAUCCGGACGAUGAAGAGUUCGAGGAGAAAGUGCUCGAGUUGAGAAACGAGCACGGCAUCUACCUGCGCUUGACUCCCUUGUGGGGCACAACAGCGUUGCCCUAUGACCAGUCGUCACCGACCAUCGUCAUGGUAAUUUACUAUAUCAUCCGUCAAAACUUUCUCGCGCUCCAGUCCCGCCCCUCAGUCGACCCCCCAGCACUUAGCACGGACCGCACCAAUGCCCCAACAGACGUAACCACCCCACUGCUUGGCAGAAGGUCUCGACCCCUGUCGCCCACUUCUAACGCGUCGCUAACUAAGCGGCGCACCUCCACUCGCCUAAGAGAUCGGACAUCUCUGCGAUUAGGGGCGGAUAUCGGCUGGGGCCGAUCGGGAACUGUCUACAAGGCCAGCUUUCAAGGUCGGUUGGCAGCAGUAAAGACGGUCGAUCCGGACGAUGACGAGUUGAGAAACGAGCACGGCAUCUACCUGCGCUUGACUCCCUUGUGGGGCACAACAGUCCCUGAAUUGCUUGCAUUUGGGUUCUGUCCAAAUCUUGGGACGUGGGUGUUGAUUACCGAAUUUCUGGAAGGGGAUCAUCCUGCCCGUGGGACCAUGUCAGUGCGACAAAAAUUGGAGGCCGUGAAGUCCUUGAAAAGCAUCCACCGACUAGGCGUGAGGCAUAACGACGUCAAGCUAGAGAACAUGGUUGUGGUCGGGUCAAAGGUGUUCUUUCUUGACUUUGGAUUCUCCACCCUGAAUGAGAACGAGGAAGAACGAAAAACGGAACUCAACUAUUUAAAAAGCCGCUUGAUGCCACUCUGA